CCAUCUGAACACAUAGUCGUUCCUGUUAAGUUUUAUUUUCUGACCUACUAUUCCCUUUGCCUCCUCUUUUCAUUAGAAGCCACCCCUCAUUUCCAGUCUCAUCGAUUGAAUCGGGAAACCCAUUGACCUCGUGCCAGACUAAGCCUUCAUAGCGAGAGAUGGGUCAGAUCCAGUACUCUGAGAAAUACUUCGAUGAUACUUACGAGUACAGGCAUGUGGUCCUGCCUCCUGAAGUGGCCAAAUUGCUUCCCAAGAAUCGGCUUCUCUCCGAAAAUGAGUGGCGUGCAAUUGGGGUUCAACAGAGCCGCGGUUGGGUUCACUAUGCAAUUCAUCGUCCUGAGCCACACAUAAUGCUUUUCAGGAGGCCCCUGAACUAUCAGCAGCAGCAGGAAAAUCAGGCCCAGCAAAACAUGGUUGCCGCCAAGUGAAUUCACUUUUGAGAUGAAAAUACGAAUUAAUUAAAGGUCGAAAUUAUGUAAGUUUCUUCCGGGUUAUAUGGAUGCUAUGGAACGAUGUCUUAUUACUGUUGUAAAAUUCUCCUGCGUGGAGAAUCUUGAUAUAGAUCUCAGUUUACUUAUUGGGUACAUGUUGGUCUACCUCUAAUGUGCUAUUUGUUUGUCUUUCGUGGACUAAUAGUCACUGGAUGUUUUUUUAAUGACUAUCGGCCAUCUUAUUAUUAUUAGUGGUUUGUGUUGAAUAGUUUCCUC